AAUGAAUAAUUAUGUACAAAAAUCAAAAUAAUUUUUAGAUACGAUUUUCAAUUAUUUUAAAAUAAUAAUUUAUAAAACCUCUUCUUAAUCUAAUUGCUAUCGACAUUAAGAUGAAAUAAAUUUUAUUUAAAAAAAAUCAUUAUUAUUUUAAUUUAUGGAUUUUUUUUUAAAAAAGCCAAGUGCUGUUCUUAAGCGUCUUGGAUCUAAAAAUGAAUCUUCGUAUACACAUAAUAUUAAACCUAAGUCAUCAGUUAUAAGUUUGUUGGAUAGUGAUGAAGAAAAUUCUUUGGAUACUAUUAGAAAUGCAACAGGAAAAAAUUUGCCAAAUAUUGUGAAAGUUCCUAUAACUAGCAAUCCAAUCAAUGAGAACACCAUUAAAGAUUUUAUUAAUAUAAACGAUGAUGAUGAUGAUAUAAUAUUUAGCCCAGAAAAAUCAUCUAAUUCUUUUCAUAAUUCUAUAUCUUUGCCAACAAAUGUUGAUCAUUUUGAGGAAUCUAAUAGUCCAUCAUUAUUCAACGGACAUUUAAAAAAGAAUUUAUUAGAAGAUUCAAUAAAUAAACUACCUCUUUCUGUUUUAUCACCUUCAAACUCAAUACUAAAUAAUGAAAAGUCACCAAAUUCUUUAAACGAAGAUUCAACAAAUAAUAUAGAAAAAUGGCUUAGAUGCAUAAGUAAUGACCAUCUUUUAAAUGAAACAAUUUCUGAGAUACCAAUAGAAGAUGUAGAAAAUCAUGUAAAUGGCCUAAAAAAUUUAGAAUAUAAUAUGUUGGAUCAUAUUUUUAAUUUAUUUACAAAUAUUCCAGAAAAUUUCAUAAGUACUCUACCAGGCCUUGAGAAUUUAUCAACAUUGUUGGAGCUAAAGAGAACAAGACAGAAAUUGAAAAAUAAAAUUCAGCUUGGAAAUAAAAGGUUAACAAAUCAUCAAGGAUCAUCAAAUCUAUUUUUUGGAUCAACUAAUAAUUUGAAGCAAAAAAAUCAUUAUUCUAACAAUUUAAAUGAUUGUAACUUAACAAAUCUUACAAAUAUAAAUACAAAUUGUCUGUCAAAUAGUACUAUUAACACUGAAACAAAUACUCCUAACUCCAAUUGUUAUCUAUCAACAAGUUUUGGUAGUGCUAACAAAAAAUGGUUUAAUAAUCAUUCUGAUUUUCAAACAAGUACUAUAUUGUCUCGAGAAAGGUUAAAUGUUAAUCAAAUUAACUCUAUUGUAAAUGACAACAACUUUGAAUCACUUUCACUGACAAGUCCUAAAAAAUAUGAACAAUAUUCAAGAGAAGAAUAUUUGCCAUUAGGUACUUCAAAUUUUAAUAAAUUACCAAAUCAAAACGUUGCCAAAGAAAAUAAUUCAAUGAAGACUUCCUCAAUACCAGUGUCUGUUGGAGAGUUCAGUAAAACUAAUUACCCACAUUCUAGAGAAUUAUUUACGGUGUUCAGAUCAACAUUUGGUUUGCGUGAUUUUCGUCCAAAUCAGUUGGAAGCUAUAAAUGCUGCUUUACUAGGUCAUGAUUGUUUUGUGUUAAUGCCUACUGGGGGUGGUAAGUCUUUAUGCUAUCAAUUACCUGCAGUCAUUUCUAAAGGAGUCACUAUUGUUAUAUCACCAUUAAAAUCGUUAAUCAUUGAUCAAACAGAAAAAUUGAAAUCAUUGGAUAUCCCAGCAGCUCAUUUAUUAGGCAAUGUAAAGGCUGAUGAAGAAAAUCAAAUUUUAACUAAACUAUGUAUGACAGAACCAGGAUUCAAAAUGUUGUAUUUGACGCCAGAAAAAUUAGCAAGCAGUCAUAAAAUGAUGCAAGUUCUUGAUAAUUUAAAUGCCCGUGGUCAAAUUGCCCGUCUAAUUAUUGAUGAAGCACAUUGUGUUUCUCAUUGGGGACAUGAUUUUCGCCCUGAUUAUAAGCGGUUAGGUGAGUUCCGUAUGAACUACCCUUCAGUUCCUAUUAUGGCCCUUACUGCAACUGCUACACCUAGAGUGCGUGAAGAUAUUUUACAUCAAUUACAAAUUAAUGGAACAAAACUAUUUUUAUCAAGUUUUAAUAGACCUAAUCUAUUAUACAAGGUGCUUCCAAAAAAAGGAAAAUCUGCAUUAGUUGACAUAGCUAAACUCAUUAAAGAGAAUUAUGCAAAUCAAUCUGGCAUAAUUUACUGUUUCAGUAGAAAAGACUGUGAUUAUACAGCUGAUUUUAUGUGUAAUGAAGGAAUCAAGGCUAUAAGCUAUCAUGCCGGCUUAACCGAUGAUAAUCGUAAUGAUGUGCAAUUAAAAUGGAUCACCAAUAAAGUUAAUGUAGUUUGUGCUACAAUUGCUUUUGGAAUGGGUAUUGAUAAACCUGAUGUUCGUUAUGUUUUUCAUUAUUCUUUGCCAAAGUCUAUUGAAGGUUAUUAUCAAGAGUCUGGAAGAGCUGGACGUGAUGGAAAGAUAUCUCAUUGUUUUUUAUUUUAUAAUUUUAGUGAUAUGCAUCGAAUUCGAAAAUUAAUUGAAAUUGAUGAAAAUGGAACACGUGAAUCAAAAAAAAUCCAUGUACAAAAUCUUUUUCGAAUAGUAGCCUACUGUGAGAAUAAAACUGAUUGUAGGAGAAGUUUACAGCUCAAUUAUUUUGGAGAACAUUUUAAUAGUGAUUUGUGCACAGCCAAUCAUGAAACGGCUUGUGAUAAUUGUCAAACUAAAGCAGAUCUCAAUGUUAUUGAUGUAACCAAUGAUAGUAUUGAAAUAAUUAAAACUGUCAAAGAAAUUUGUAGUCCUAGUACGAAUAGUUGGCAAAAUAAUUACACAAUUCUUCAUAUUAUUGAUAUAUUUCGAGGAAGUAAUCUUCAAAAAAUAAAAUCUAACGGCCAUGAAAAAUUAAAGUUACAUGGCCGUGGAAAAAAUUGGGUAAGGUAUGAUGUUGAACGUUUAAUGCAUAAAUUAGUACUAGAAGGGUACUUAAGAGAAGAAAUGGUUGCUUCUAAAACAGAUAUUAUUAAUGCUUUUGUUAGAGUUGGUCCAGAAGCAGAAAAACUAUUAAGAGGAAAUGUGAAACUAAAGUUGGCAUGCUCUGCAAAGAAAAUACUAAAUCUAGAAACUGCUUUAAAAAUAAAUAAUACUCCUACUAAUCCUGCUAUUAAAGAAAUUGAAGAAAGAUGUUAUGAAAAUCUUAUGGAUGUAUGUCGUGGAAUUGCAGCUUCUCUGAACAUAAAUACUAAUUCUGUUAUGAACAUAGAAGCCAUUUUAGAAAUGUCACGAAUUUUACCAGAAACUGAAGAACAAAUGUUAAAAAUUGUUGGUGUAACCAAAGCAAACUUUGAAAAAUAUGGCCGACAACUAUUAGAAAUAACACAAGAAGCAGCAGCUAAUAAAUUUGUGUUAACUUGUGAAGAAAAUGAACUUGUUGAUGAUAUCGAAGGUGAAGAUAAUUGGCUUAAAACAAGUGUUGAUUGUCCAUAUUUUGAUGAUAUGAAUACAGGUGUAACAAAUCAACGUGAAGGAAGGAAAAGAAAGCCUUUUUAUUCUUCUAAAAGUGGUGGUAGUUUUAAAAAAUUUAAAAAAGGAAAGGCCAAAUUCCCAAAAAAGAAAAGUAAUGGUUCUUCAUCAAGUUCAGCAACAAAAAGUUCUAAAGUAACUACAACCUCUACUUUGAAAAUAAAUUCUAGGAUUCCUCCAUCGACAAGACCAGGAUUUUUGUCUGCCCCUAAAGUUUCUUAUUUUUAAAUUUCCUCAAUAUUAUUUAUCUCAUGUUAUCAUGUAAAUUUUAACUUUUAAUGUAAGUUUUUAAUUAAAACAUUGUUUAUAUAUCAAAAAAGUUAAUGUUAUUAUUUAAUUUUUUUUUAAUAUGAAACUAAUUAAAUGUAUACAAGUUAUAUUUAUUCUAUGAUUAAAAUUAUUUGUCCAAGUAUUCAGUGUUAUCAUGUUGUUGACUAGUAUGUAUUUUUUCACAUGAAAUGUUAAAAUGUUUUUUUUUUAAUGUUCAUUUUUAUAAGUAUUCUUAUCUGUGUAUUUGAGUUAUUUUAAGAUAAUUUUUUUAUGGCCAUGUAUCAAAUUGAUUAAAAUUUAUUUUCCAGUUUUGUUUAUAAA